AUGAAGUUAUUCCUUGCCCAAUACAGCCUGAAAGCCACUCGCUCUGUUCUUUCGGCGGUGUUGAACGUCUCUAAGCAAGCGAGUGGUGUCUUUGAAUUCCUGUUGCGCCAGUGCCCUGAUCCUGGAAGCACGUCACCUAUGUUGUUUCACUACCUGCCAGACGCUGCUCUGACUUCUUUAUGCCGGGCACUGGCACUCAGCUCGGCGUUUGCCACCGCCCUCGCCUCUACCCAGCUAGAUACCCAUCUUCAUGUAUUGCCUCCUGUCUUUGCCGCCGCGAUCGAUGCCGCUGGCGGCGAUCCUACAGGCUACACAAUCCCCAUUGGACUCUUGAGGGCAUGA